GUAUCGCUCGAACUGACUUGGUGGCUGCGACUUUAGCUGAGAUGGUAUCGAACUCGCAGACGCGGCGAGCUGAGAAGAAGACGAAGUGGGAUUACGACGUAGAGGGUAUGAAGGUGACGGUUGAUAUGAAUGCCCCGAAACCCCAAGGGAACGAAAAGCCGUCGCCGGAAGACCAAGCUUCGAAAGCUAUCGUGGUGGUACUGGACAAGCAGACCGACGCAGGUGAAGACGGUGAACCGGAUUUCAUCUGGCAAACCUGGCCGGACAAUUACAAGCGGGACAAACGGGUGCCCUACGAAGGCUGCCUCAACUUGAACUCACUUGACAAUUCCAUCACUCUAGUUCAAGUGUGGGGCGGAUGCUGCGCGUUUUACGACGAUCACGACUGCAAGAAGAAGAUGUUUACGCAGACAAAUCGCGAGAACGGACAGCUUCGCGGAGACCACAACGACGCCGUAUCAUCGUUUUGGUGUACGUUUGAUGAGAACUGCAGUGGAUCCCCUCAGUGA